AUGACAGCGGCCAAAAAAGGCGAAAGAGCCGGAGGGCUCCUUUUGUGUUCGUCCCCCCUUAUGGCCACCGACUGGAAGCGAAAGAUCUGGCUAAGUGCCGGAUUUGCCAUCUUCACGGGCAUUACAUUGCGUUUCGCGUAAGUUACAGUUAAGUUUGGGUGUUUGAUUUAGGUAUGGGUAUAUUAUUCAUGAUGAUUUGGAGGGUAAACGAUGUUUAGAACGCAGUAAAUUUAAAAUUUCGUUUGACAAAUGAUUUUAUGAACUCAAAACGCGAUAAAGCAUAAAAUUGAAACGUUUAAAACAUUUUAAAAACGAAAAAAAAAUUUUUCAAAAAACUCUCAAGCAGAUACUGUAACAUUUUAAGGCCAAAAGAUGUAUAAAAACUUCAUUUUUCACAAAAAGUCACAAAAUGCACCUUCUAUCUAGACACAACCAAAGGAAUGCCAAUUCGACUGAAAAGUCAGCCGAGUAUGGCUCUUUGUCCUCAAAAGACGGCUCUUUUUGAGUACAUUCGAGUACGUUGUUUGUUUUUGAAAGACGAGGCGUGGAAAUUGGUGAUAUGGCUUUGGGGUAGAGUGAGUAUUGCGCUUUAAGUUGAAAUGUGAAAAACAAAAGUUUGGAUUUGUUGUCUGAUUGUAGACAAAAGAUAUGGUGUUAUACAUAUGAUACUGUAUUUUAAUUUUUUUGUAAGAAAUACAGUAUCGGGUAUUUUCCCUACUCUAUCCUACCUUGCUCUACCCUAGUCUACCUUGCUCUGUUCUGCUUUCCCCUACCCAACACUAUCUUAUCUUAUCAUACUUUACCCCGCCCUGCCGUAAUACACCUAACAUUCCCACGCCAUAAAGAACUGUAACACGUUCCUAAUACCAUACAAAGUCCAGUAGCCAUAUCAUAUCUCUAAUCCCACAAUUUUUCAGCCUUUUCCUUCAGAACCCGCCCUCCAUUUACUCUCAUAAGCCAGGGAAAUGCAAGAACAUCGUCGGCCUAGGUAACACAACACCAACCAACUAUAUGUUCUAACAAAACACUAACCAACUAUAUCUCCGACACAACAUAUAUCAAGACAAAAAACUUUUUCAGAACACGGGGUCCUGAGCAUGACCGAGUCCGACGUCCUAAACUUGGUCCUCGUCUUCUCGGCACAACACAAAAACAUACGCGCCCAUGUAAUUCUGCUGGAGACAAAGGAAAAGACGAACAAACUCAUGAAUAAUAUAAGUCUGCACGAGUUGAACGUGAAUAAGUGGAAAAACUCGGAGGUAGGGGGAAGUGUGUGAUUGGGAAGGGUAAUAUUCUUCUUUGGGUGUGGGCUGGGUGUACUGAGAUGACGAUAGGGAUAGGAAAGUUAAGUUAGGUUUUUGGGGUUGGUAAUGAGAGAGUAUGAUUGUAUAGGGUAAGGCGAUAGAUGUUUUUAGUAUAUGAUACUACUGACCAAGGUGUGGUUGGGUAGAGCAGAGUAAGAAAUUUUUUGCUAGAGUAAGGUAGGGUAGUGUGGGGCAGACUGAGAUAGGGUGCGGUACGUCUAUGGUACUAUUGAGCAAGGUAUGGUUGGUUUAGGCAUGGUAAGAUAGGAUAAAGUAGGAUAGCUUGAAGGGUAGGCUAAAGUAUGGUAGUAGAGUAGGGUGAGGUAGAGGCAGGACAGAGUAAGAUAAAGCAAGGUGAGGUACAAGUUAAUUAACUUUUAGAAAAAUAUUAAAAGUUAUAAGGGAACACAACCUACACACCCACAAUAUCAAAUACCAACUGAAUAAAAAGCCAAAAACAUUAAAAUUGACUUCAAAAACGUAGCCAAAUUGGCUUCAUUGAGUAAUAAGCCUCAUUUACAGAGAUUCAACCCCAUUUCGGCUCACAUCCACGUGGAAGGCUCGACCUCCCAAAACAAAUAUCGAGCUUUUGUUUAUGUCCUGAGCCAGGAAGGCGACCAGACUCCAGUCCAAGUGUUCGAACUACGCCUUCAGAAGGGGGUUCUGACGCAUUUACAGACUAUUCAUAAUCAGGAGUUUAUUGGGUGGGUUUUUUAUACUGUAGAAGAGUUAUAGAUAUAUUAUGAAAGGGUAAGGUAAAAGAGGUGGAGUAGGGUAAGGUAGGAUUUGAUAGGAUAGGGUAUUAUCGGGUAGGCUAAGGAAGGUUAUCGUAUAGUAGAGUUGUUUAGGGCAAGGUACGGUAAAGUAUGGUUUGGGAGGGUAAGAUAAGCUAAUAGAGUAAGGCAGUGUAACAUAAGGUAAGGUACUGUGGAUUUGAGAUAAAGGCUUUUAAAAAGUGACUUAAAACAAGGUCUUGAUAAAAUAAAAUGACUUUCAGGUCAACAGACAUAUCAGUACUAUCACCAGGUCGAUUUAUAUUAGCAAAACCUCACUUCUUCAACAAUAGAUACCUACAGUUACUAGAAUUGUUGUUCUAUAGGGGAUACGGACAGCUACUAAUUUUCAAUGGAAAGACCGUUUCAACUCUGGAACGGUGAGUGUUUAAAUGGACAUAUUUCAGAUAUUAUUGUAUUUAUGUUCACGUAUUGUAUUAUAAACAGUGUGUUAUUGAAUGACAUAGCGUUUUAUAUAUGAAAUGAAGGUUCAAAGCUGUAUGCAAAAUAUUUUAGAGGUCUUCAAGGACCAACAAAGAUGUUAUGGGAUCCAAAAACAUCUCGUCUUUAUGUGGGGAUCAAGUACUCAAGGGUAGGUUUAUAUAUGUUACACUACAAUACCCGAUCCUUACCUUAUCUACCGGACUUACCUCUACCAUUCUUUAUCUUAUCUACUUUACUAUGCUCUACCUUAUCCCAAAUUAUCUUUUUAUUGAUUCCUUUCAACGAAAACUUGUAUUUUAGGAAAUCCAAGCCUAUACGUUAAAGAAAGACCUUACAUUGAAGCCUCUUACUAGUAUAAACUUAAUGAGUUCUCCAACGUACAUUACUAAUGGUGAAAAUGAACUUUGGGUUGGGUCAUCACCAGGCGGACACAUGUUCCAUGACCAAAGUAAUACUAGUCAUAUACUCAGGAUACGGUUUCAGGUACGUGAUUGUACUCUACUCUUAAUACCAUUCUCUUGCCUCACUCUACCCUACCCUCCUCUACUCAACCCUACCUUUGCCCUACCUUACACCACCGUACCGUACCCUACACUACCCUACCCUACCUUACCUUACUCUACCUAACCCUGACCUUUCAUGCCCUAUGCUCUGUUAUCUACCUCAAGCUACCAUGCAUAAGCAUAUAAUGUAUAAGAUAAAUGACAUUGUAGGACGAUAUAGCACAGACCUGGGUAAUAACCGAGUCGUUUGCUUCGACCCAAUUCAAAUGGAGCAAUAUUAAUGGUCUUGUUGUGACCAAUAGUGGUAUACUCAUUGCUUCACCUCAAACUGCUGCCUUUUGCACUGUCGCUGACAUGGCCUUAGUAUAG